GGGACAGAAGGCCUUGACCUCUUGUCCUGUUACUCUAGGUUUGGGGACUUGAACCCCAACACAUGCUCUGUAGGGCUCCUUUGAUUCAUGACUCAGUUACCCCACCUCCCCUCCCGAGCAGAGCUAGAAUCUUCCUUCUUCCACCCCUCCUGGCCCAAGAAACGCUGCUGAACCUUCCGGUGCCAGCUCCAGUCCCACCCCGAUGGCCGAGGACUGUCUGGCUGUGAAGCUUGGGUUUGGUGCCAUGGAGGAACAGACCGGGAGAAGCAGAGGCCUUUUGGAGGAGCCCACCCCUGCGGCCGCCAGCCCGGGUCUGUCCUCGCUGGGCGCUGUCUUCAUUCUUCUCAAAUCUGCGCUGGGGGCUGGUCUGCUCAACUUCCCCUGGGCCUUCCACAAGGCGGGUGGUGUGGCCCCUGCCUUCCUGGUGGAGCUGGUCUCCUUGGUCUUCCUGAUCAGCGGGCUGGUCAUCCUGGGCUAUGCCGCCUCCGUCAGCGGCCAGACCACCUACCAGGGUGUGGUUGGAGGGCUGUGCGGCCCCACCAUCGGGAAGCUGUGUGAGGCCUGCUUCAUCGUCAACCUGCUCAUGAUCUCUGUGGCCUUCCUCAGGGUGAUCGGGGACCAGCUGCAGAAGUUGUGUGACUUCCUGCUGCCCGGGGGUCCGCUGGCCCCGCAGCCCUGGUACAUUGACCAGCGCUUCACCCUGACCCUGCUCUCUGCUCUGGUCAUCCUGCCUCUGUCCAUCCCACGGGAGAUCGGAUUCCAGAAGUACACAAGCAUCCUAGGCACCCUGGCUGCUUGCUACCUGGCCCUGGUCAUCACGGUGCAGUACUACCUCAGACCCCCAGGCCUCAUCAGUGAGCCCCGCUCUGCACCAGGUCCUUCCUCGUGGACCUCCGUAUUCAGUGUCUUCCCCACCAUCUGCUUCGGAUUUCAGUGUCACGAAGCUGCCGUCUCCGUCUACUGCAGCAUGCGCCACCAGAGCCUCGCGCACUGGGCCCUGGUCUCCGUGCUGUCCUUGCUGGCCUGCUGCCUCGUCUACUCGCUGACAGGAGCUUACGGCUUCCUGACCUUUGGGACAGAAGUUUCUGCUGACAUCUUGAUGUCCUACCCAGGCAAUGACGUGGUCAUCGUCGUCGCCCGGGUCCUCUUCGCUGUCUCUAUCGUGACAGUCUACCCCAUCGUGCUCUUCCUGGGCAGGUUGGUGAUGCAGGAUUUCUGGAGGAGGAGCUGCUGCCAGGUGCGUGGGUCUGGGGGGCUGACCGACCCCUCAGGGCUGAGACCCCGGACGCUGCUGACCGUCGUGUGGGUCGCCGUGACGCUCGCCCUGGCCCUGGUGCUGCCUGACCUCAGUGAGAUUGUCGGCAUCAUCGGUGGCACCAGCUCUUCCUUCAUCCUCACCUUCCCAGGUCUGUGCCUCCUCUGUGCCAUCAACACUGAGCCCAUGGGACCACGGGUCAAGUGCGGCUUGGAGAUCUGGGGCGUGGCCUCCGUGCUCCUGGGCACCUUCAUCUUCGGGCAGAGCACAGCCGCAGCCGUCGUGGAGCUCACCUGAGGGGCAGCCUGCGCCUGAGCAGCAGACUCCUCCGCGGGCCAACCGGGGGCGGCUGUGUGAGCAGCUGUGAGACGGGUGUCCUUUCCCCAUAAAGACGCUGGAGAAACAGAAACCUCCUGCCUUCCCGGGCUGCUCAUUUGGGCUUCUGCUGGUUCAAAAGGUUUCUGGGACAGUGGUGAGGAGAGCGUACCGGUGUCCCCGGGGCUGCCCUCACGAACUAGUGGCUUAAAACAGCAGAAAUGUCUUCCCUCUGGGCUCUGGAGGCUGGGAGUCCAAGAUCUAGGGGGCAGGGCUGUGCCCCCUCUGAAGGAAGGAGGGUCCUUCCUGCGUCUUGCAGCUUCCCAUGUUGCUGGCUGUCCUCGGUGUCCCUUGGCCUGUGGACACACCCCCUCCACUCUGCGCCGUCUCCCCGUGGCCUUCUGCCUGUUUCUGUGUCCAAGUUCCCCAGUCAUUGGAUCAGGGCCACCUGAAUGCAGUAUGACCGUAACAUAGUUACUUAAUUAGGGUCUGCAAAGAUCCUGUUUCCAAAUAAGGCCACAUUCGUAGAUUCCGGGAGUUGGGACUUCAACUUAAUAUUUUCAGGGGACACGAUUCAACUCAGAGAAGUAGGGGCUGAGGAUCCUGAGAGAACCCUGCUUUGGGGUGUCAGGAUCACAGACAGGAGGUGAGGGUCCCACACAGUGCAUCAGGGCCCGAGGGGAGGUGGCAAGUGGCAUCUGCUAGGGACGGUGGCGGGUUCAAGCUGGUCCUCACACAGACUUGCACUUGGCUCACACUCCAGCGUGGGACCCCAGGGGGAGCCCCUUUCCCUCCUGCCAGCAGGACCUGCCCGGCCUGGAAGCCAAAUGGAAGCCUUGUGCUGCAGCUCUCCCCACCCCCACUGCAGUCCAGGUUGGGGGCCACACCUGCAGCUGCCGGUGAAGGGACAGGGGGCCUGCCCAGGGCCGGGUGUGGAGGAGAGCACGGCCAGCAGCAGGGUCCAGCCACUCACUGGCUUGCCAGGGCUGAGCCAGCACAGGGCCUGGGCGUCCUGGAUGGGGCUGGAGUUGGCCGCUCUCCCUCCGCUGUGGGAUGCCUGCCAGAAGCCAGCGCUGCCCCAGCCAGGACAGGCCCUCGCUGGAGGACACGUCCCUCACGGGAGGUCUCAGGCCGGGCCGUUACACUGUGUGGUGCCUCCCUCACUGUGGGAGGUGGA